CUGCGAUCCGCCCCAAAGCGAUGGAGCGAGGAAGCAGCUGGUAUGGGUGGUAAGUCAGAAGUGCUGCCCAUCGAUCAGAACCUCAUCUUCAACUUUGACCCCUUGCAGAUCUUCGGUGGGACUGGACACAUGGGCAGGUCCCUUGUGAAAUCCGCCUUGUCCCAUGGGGAUUUGGUUACCUCGGUUGGCCGAGUCUUCGAGACGAGUCCUGAAGAUAUGGCUGCGCAAGAUAACGACAGCUGCCUGGGACUCUUAUGUGACGUGCGAGCCAGAGACUCGGUUGCGCGCGUGAUAGACCGCACCCUGAACCAUUUUCAGCGAGUUGAUGUUAUCGCCAACUGUUCAGGCUACGGUGUGAUUGGUGCUUGCGAAGACCAGGACGAGCACGAAAUUCGCAACCAAUUCGAGACAAACUUCAUGGGCACCCUCAACAUCAUCCAGGCCAGUUUGCCCUACUUUCGCCAACAAAGCGCCGGCCGUUAUCUUAUUUUCAGCUCUACAUCCGGCGCGCUUGGUGUGCCUGGCCUAGGUCCGUACUGUGCCACCAAGUACGCCGUCGAGGGUCUUAUAGAGGCCAUGCUGUAUGAGAUAGAUUCCUUCAACGUCAAAGCAACCCUGGUCGAACCAGGAUUCGUGCGGAGAGAUGAGCCGGACACAACGGCGGCACCUUUGCCAACAUGGGGUCACUUCCUCAUCAAACCAGCGAGCGAAGCCUACGCUCAAGCAACAUCGCCGGCUCUCCACGCCAAACGAAUGGUCCAAUGGCUCGGGGAUCGGCAGCCGACGAGCGCCGUCAAGUGUGCUGAACUUGUUUGGCAGUUGGCCCACUGCUCAUACCCUCCACUGAGGUUGCUUCUUGGGAGUUACGCCAUUGAGAGUAUCCGUGACAGACUACGAUCCGUGACCGAAGAGCUUGAGGAUUGGAAGCACUUGAAUUUCCCCAUUUCUCCCGAGGCUGGUGUCGAUGGUGAAGGGAAGGAUAGCAGGCCUGAUCAGGAUGAGAGCAUGGUUGACUCCCAGGACACACAAAGUCAAGUUACGACAUGA